AUGGCGUCGUCCAACGAAGACAGCAGCACGGAGCGCAACUAUUAUCAUUACAUCCCAAGCCUCGUCAGCGCCGUCAUUGCAUGCAUUAUAUUUCUACUUCUUUCUCUAGCACAUCUGUGGCGGAUGGUGAAAAACAAGACAUGGUUCAUGACUGCCUUGAUCGUCGGAGGGUUCUUCGAAUUCAUUGGCUUCGCUGCUCGCGGGUACGGCCACGACAACUACACAGAGAAAACACCCUUCAUUGUCCAAACAGUGCUGAUCCUCGUUGCACCCUCCCUGUUCGCGGCGACCAUCUACAUGAUCCUCAGCCGCGUCAUCCGCGCCAUCCGCGCAGAGAAGUACUCCAUGGUCCGCGUCACCUGGCUAACCAAGAUCUUCGUCGUCGGCGACGUCCUCUGCUUCUUCGUCCAAGCCGCAGGCGGCUCGAUCCUAGCUGGCAGCACCGAUCACGCCGAUCUAGGCAAGAACGUCGUCCUUCUCGGACUCAUCCUUCAGAUUCUGCUGUUUGGCUUUUUUAUCGUCACCACCGUCGUCUUCCACACGCGUCUCCGCAAAGCGCCGAGCCAAGCCGCCUGCCGCGCCGAAAUCCCAUGGGAGAAAAUGCUCACCGUCCUCUACGCUGCCAGCGGACUGAUCAUGUUCCGAAACAUUUAUCGCGUCAUCGAGUACGGAAUUGGCGUCGAUGGGUAUCUUUAUACGCAUGAAUGGGCGGCGUAUGCGUUCGACGCGGCGCUCAUGGCCGCGGUCAUGGCGAUCCUGUUGUUCUUCUAUCCGACGCUGACCAGGCCGAAGGACAGCUUUCAAUUGGAGAAUGUGGAGGCUCAGCCUAUCAAUGGUGAGAACAGCAGAUUCAAGAGACAGAGCUUCACGCAUCAGAACAAUAAUGAUCGUGGAUACCAGCAAGCAAAUACGCGAUAUCAGGGUGGCCUGUAUCAGAACGGAGGAUAUCCAGGCGGAGGAUACCAGUAUCAAAAUAGCGAUUAUCAGAAUGGCAGAUAUCAGAACGGCGCAUCUUACGGUCCUUGA